UUUCAAUUAACUGAAAAUAUUAUAUAAUAUAAAUAAAGGCUUAAUUUCGAAAACUAUACGAAAAAUUUAAUGCAACAAAUAAAGAGCUAUUUGGUGUUAACAAAUUUCAAUAAAAAAUGAGUUAAAUAAAAAAAGAAAUGAGUUAAAUAAAAAUAAACAAAGUGAAGUUUUAAAAAAUUUUAGAAAAAAUUAAACAAAAAUAAAUCGAUUUCAAAACUGCAUUGCGUAAUAAAAAAGAAAUUAUACCGAAAAAAAAACAAAAAUAAAUAAAUAGAAAAUAUAAUAUAAUAAAAAAAUUAAUCAAAAAAAUUAUAAAAAAAUUAUAAAAAAAUAUUAUAAAAAAAAUGAUCGAAAAAAAUAACAAUAAAACUAUUAAAUGAAAAUCGAGCACCCUAAAAUACUAAAAGCUAAAUUAAGAAAAGAAAAAACAGUAGAUUUGUUAGCUAAGCACAAACAACAGAUUUGAUGUUACACUGUAAGUUAGUUUGUUAACAAAUAAUAAAAGUACAUAGUUAAAUCAGCACUAAAAACUAGCUACAAAUUAAUUAGAGACAAGCGCUAGCUGGUAGUUUAUGUAAAUAACGAGCAACUAAGAGGCAUAGCAUAUAGAAACAAGUGACUACUUUAAAUUUAAUUGUGUUUAAAUGUGAGUUUUAAAUGAAAACAACAAUUACGCCAUAAAUAUACAAAUAUAAAAUUUUGUGAAUUAUCGCAACGUGAAAAUAUAAAAUCCAAAUAAUUGCUAAACAAGGCAACCAGUUGAAACGUCGACAAAUUUCUCUGAAACUAUAAAUUAAGAAACACAAAGUAUCUCAGUAGGAUUGAGUACUUAAACGUUCGUUUCCAUUCGUCAAGCUAAAACCGUUAACCACAAAUAAACCGUUACUAGCGAACAAAUACCCCUCCACGGCUGAAAUGCCAAAGGCAAGCGAGGCAUCCAAAUGGAUUUUCAUAACGACGAGAACAACAACAAAAGAACUAGCAAUCAGCAAAAACAUCGAACGCGGUUAAAGUGGCUGAUGCUAAAUAAGUCAUAAAAGAAUUAAAAUUCAUAAGACAACCGUUAAAAGAACUCUUCGCGCAAGGCAGACAAUAUAAACGGUUUAAUAAAGUAGAAAAUUUAUGAAGUGAGCAUAACGGUGGUAAUUAGUGAAACCGUUAAUUGCUAUUAGCUUAGUAUAAAAUAAUACCACCAACAACAACAUUAUAGCAGCCAAAGAACAUCUUCCGUUUGUACAGGCAAAAGUGCAGUUAACGUCUAUGGAAAUCCCAUUGCGAAGACUAAGACCAACAUUGCAACAACGACAACAACAACAACAACCACAACCAUACCGACAACUGCCAAAGCAGUUAAAAUACACCAGCAAGCAACAGCAAUACAAACAAACACAACAAAAAACACUAAAACAACAACGACAGUCUCAGCCACAGCCACAGCCAGAAUCAGAACCACAGCAGCCACCGAGCGCGAACUCACGCUGUAGUUGUAGUAGUUAUAAUGACGAAAUUAGUUAUAUGCCUUCUAUUUUUCGGACUAUUCGCCAUCCAAACGGUCGGCCAUAUGAACAGUGAUCCAGCGCCAGGUCGCUCGCCCGGACCACCUCCCGCCAAACGAAAUCUCGCCACAGCUGCGCUGCCACCCGUUGUGCUCAAUGCGAGUGCGACAAAUGAUGCCAAUACCAACACUGUGACGGCACCCGCACCGGCGUUCGCCACUCCUGCCACCACGGCGACACAAACCGAUGGCCGCAAUGGCCCAAACAACCAGGCGGGCAACGGGCAUUACGGCGCGCACUCGGUCGACCGCAAUUACGGCAAUAAUAGUAACAAUAACAAAGAUGGGAGAGCAGUUAGGAGCGGCAACAGCAAUAACGGCAAUACAAACACCAACAACGAACAACAAUUAGUUUCCCGUAGCACAGAGUUAACCAACACCGAUGAGAUUAACAUCAAUUUGAGCAAAUUACCCUCGAGCAGCGACGGCAGUGCAGCGGCAACGGUGUCCGAUUCCGCUUUAGGCCGCACUGACGAGCACUACACAUACGAUAAUUUGGCUCACAUGGCGUCGGCGCGUGUGGCAAAUGGCGGUGAGCUUUCAAGGAAUACUGCCACAGGUGCCUCGGCUGCUGCUGAAGCGCUAAUUGCGCAGCAGACAAAAACGAACACCAUCAGCAAUACUAGAAGCUGUCAUGAUGGCUUUAGCCACUUCCUCAACGAUGUGGUCGACGUGGAGGAGGAGGAGCAGUCGGAGACGAAUGGCGAGGAUGUUUUCGAUGACCGCACACGAGUCGGAGGCCACAUGGGACAUCAUUUGUUUAUCGAUUUGCGGCUGGAACAUCAUGUCUUUGAAACGUCAUCGGUUGGCAUCAAUUGCGGUUUGAUGUAUCAAGUGCGUCUGCUGACAUACGCCAAGCCAUCAACGCCCAAGGCAGCCGGCCGUGCGACAAGAGCCGAUGCCGCACAAACGCAGCCAUUAGACGGCAACGCCUUUGUGGAAGCCACUACCACGGAAAAUAUGAGUACAAAAGCGAAAGUGAAUAGCCAGGAAGACAUGAGGGACCACAGCAAUACGGCUAAUGCUGGCAAUGACAAUGACAGCGGCCCUGACGGUGGUGACGGUGGCAGCGGCAACGCAAACGGCAACGAGCUGCAUUACACGGGGGAAUUUUUCGUGGAAACACUUUCGACAUUAAGCGGUCGCGAACGUGGCAGUUUUGUUGAUCACCAUUCAGCAGCGACGAGCAACAAGUUGCCAAUUUCAUGGUUCAGUUCACUUCAGCGCAACGACGCCAACCAUAACGGCGAUGAUGCUGACGCUGGCGAUGAUGACAGUCGGGAUUUCGAGGCGGAAAAAAAUGAUUUCGACUCGGCCACAUCGGCGUCGGAUGAAGAGAAUUUCGCUUUCGGUCAUAAUUACGAUGCCAUUGGUAGUGGCCAUGGCCACUUUCAACAGCAGCAGCAGCAGCAACAGCAACAACAACAGCAACAGAUGUUCGCCACCAAGUGGCUGCAACAAAGUUGGGAUAAAGCAACUAAUCGACGGUCACAGAAUAACAGUAGUCGGAAUGCUAGAAAAAUGUGCCCAGAAAAUAAAUGGCAUGGUAGUGCUAAAAGUCAACAACAACAACAACACAAUGGACAGCGUGACUCCAGUAGCACAGGUAGCAGUGAGUACCACGUACGUGGCGUACCCGUUGCGGGGAGUGGGAGUGGUGCGAAUUUGAGGGAUGAGAACAACGCAAACGGAAACGAAGUGCACACAGAGUCUUUGGGCUUCUGGAUGUUAAAUGAGCUAUGCGAACAGGAUGAUACCAUCGAAUUCAGAGUGUUUUUUCGGGCGACUUUUGAUAGUGACCGUGCCGGGAACACAAGAAGUCGCAGUAGCAGCAACAGCCACAUGAACAAUGCCAAUGGCAGUAGUUACAGCAGUAACAACAACAACAACAUAAAAGUCGACGCACAACAUGUGGUGUUCAAAAAAACUUUUAAAUUUCAACUACGCAAAGACUGCCAAUUGUUGUUGCGUGAAGUCACCAGAGGAACUUUAGACUACACAGCACUUCCAUUGUACAGCAUCGAUUGUACCGUACAUUUCCCUCCGUAUCGACUCUUUGAGACUGAACACAACCAGAACAACCCAACUGGGUCUGCGAGUGCCGCAAAUGGCGACAUCCCACCGGCUGGUAUACUCGUUGAGCUCCAACGACUGAAUGUGCCCUGCAACAGUGGCGGCUACAUACGCUUCAAUGAGCGGACGCGCUUAUGCGGAAAACUGGAAGAACUCAACGCCGCCGAUCGCAGUUAUCACUUCGAUGUGCGCAGCCACACCACAGUAUACUUCCAUAAAAGUCCAAUGUUCAGCCUCAGCUACAAGCUCGUGGACUAUUGUUAUAACAUAACGACGAGCAAUCAAACCGGCGAGUAUUACAUACGUCCGAGUAUGCGCGACGCAGUCGAGUGCUACUUUCGUAUACACCUGCCGUAUGGAAAUCGCAUAAGUCUGACACUCGUGACGAACAACGACAGCGCGAUUAUGCAGCCGAAUGAUGGCAUUCAAUUAAAUGCGGCCGGCGAAGAGGACACGUUCAAUAUCUACACCAACGAGGGUAUACAAAUCGACACACAGCGCAUAAAUUUGACGCUGGUGAGUAGUGGUAGCGGGAGUAGUAAAAAAAGUGGCGCUGCAACGACAGUGUUUAGACGCGCCGAACCCAAAGCGGCGGCGCGUACGCAAGCACAAGAGCAAAGCGCGUACACGCUUCGUGCGUAUAAUGCAACGCGAGAGCAUGUCAACAAGCGUUCCACAAGUUCAUUGGAUGGUUUCCUCAGAAUUAUGGAGAGCAAAAUCAAAGAGUUCAGCUUCGCUGCGAGCGGCAAGUCUAUACAAGGAGCCAUUGAAAUCUCUAACUGUGAUGGAGUUAUCGUUAAAAUAUUCGAAAGCGAUGCCGCGCGAUGGUCCUAUUGUAUAAACGAUACCAAUCGCAUGCAAGCCUUUCUUUUAACCUCAACUGGCAAUACACUGAAUAUACAUCUCUUCAAAGCGACGCGUAUAAACUACAACAACAAUAUACCGUUUAUGGCUGAUACGUUGCCCGGUAUCGAUCACAACACGCCCAUUACCUCACUGCCCACAGUUUAUCUGUCAUAUGCGGCGCAACCCAUUGCAGAGCUCGUUUCCAGCUGCGACUUCGGUUGGGUCGCCAUGCAACAGUUUUGCAUAAAUGCCAUUGAAGUAGCCAUGUCGUGGCCAGAUGCGGAGGAGCAUUGUGUAAACUUGGGCGGUCACUUGGCUUCCAUCCGCAAUGAGCAACAACAACAAGUCAUACAUGAAAUCCUUUUUCGUAGUCCCGGCUAUGAUGAUCAGAAUGCCUAUUGGGUUGGUGGCUCGGAUAGCAGCUAUGAGGGUGACUUUCGCUGGAGCGACGGACUGCUGUUUCAGUAUACAAACUGGUUUCCUGGAUGGACGGAACACAGUCAUUACAAUAAGCAGCCCAACGAUGAUGGUCUUAGCAGUCAAGAUUGCAUAGAGUUACGUCGCUUUUUUCGUACACCACCGGGUAUACAAACGAAUCGCAGUCCGUUGACGAGCACUUUUAUGUGGAAUGAUCGUGAUUGCAGUGCAAAGAAUUUUCUAAUCUGUGAGCGGCCUUUGAGCGAUGACUCUUUGAGACGUAGUUGGAUAAACGACUGUAAUAAGACGGUCUCAUUAACUAAGGAGCAUCCGCGCGCUUCAAUUUGGAGUCCGUCGUUUCCACGACAAUAUCCCGAUAAUGCAAAUUGUUUUACAACAAUAACAGCGCCAACGGGCUAUCGUGUCGUCAUCGAAUUCGAAGAGCUGGUGAUCGAGAAUGAAGCGGGUUGUACCUAUGACUAUUUGGAAAUUACCGAACCAACACACUACGAUAACUUCAAAACUACAAAAUCUUCCAAAAACAAAAAUAUGUUAAAUAUAAAUAAUAGUAGUAAAAGUAAUAUAAAUAUAAAUAAAACAUUUCGAAAGCGAAGUUCUUAUGAGAAACCUAGCCUUAGUUCAUCGUAUACUAUGCCUAUGUCUACAUCUACAUCUACAUAUACAUCUAGUAAUUCUAAUACGAACGCUUAUUCUAAUACUUAUACAAAUUAUGCUAGUACGAAUGCUGUAAAUAAUAUAAAUACGAAUGUAAAUGCGAAUGCGAAUGCGAAUUUCAACACUAACACCAACAACAAUAACAAUAAUAACAACAACAACUACUUGUAUUCGAAUAGCUAUAACAACUACAAUCUCGCGCAAACGAAUUAUCAAAAGCUCCUGCACAUCUUCUCGAGUCUCUACCGACCGCAUACGAAUUACCUAAUACAAACACCCGACUAUCCACAUGGCAAUCCGAACUAUCCAACGAAUCAUCACAAUCGUUUACGUUCGGAUGCAAAUGCGGAAACGAACGCUUUGCCGAAGCGCUUAUGCGGCGAUUGGAGUUCCAAGCUGAAGCUGCUGCGUCACGUCUCCACUGGCUCCUACUUAGGCUUGCAUUUCGUUUCCGAUUACUCGCAUCAUUUUGGCGGCUAUAAAGCAAAAACUUAUAUGGAAAAUAGAAGUUAUACGUUCCGUGCCGCCUCGGAGUGCGCCAACGAACGUCUCAAGUACUACAAUGGUUCCUGUUAUCUCUUCAUAUCCUAUCCCGAAGUGGAUUGGUGGACGGCGCAGCAAGUGUGUCGUGGUAUGGGUGCACAACUGUCGUCGGUGUCGUCCUCGGAUGAGCACAGAUUUAUUACAUCGAACAUACGAAACCAAAUAGACUAUUCGCCGCAGCUGAUAUACUGGCUGGGUGCCGAGCUGGAGAAAAGCGGUCAAUUCGAGUGGACCGAUGAUACUAGAAUGAGCUUUCAGGGCUGGUUACCCGGUCAGGGUCAAUUCGAAGAACUGCCUACAGACGCCAUAUGUUUGGGUCUGCAAUGGAAGAUGUCGCCAACGCCAAUGCUACCAUCGGGCCUGUAUUGGCAAUCACAAAAAUGCAGUAAGGUCGGCGGUUAUGUGUGCAAAAAGCCGAAGGAUUCAUUUGGUACAUUUUCCGCCAAUAAUCUCACUAUAACGGGUGCUGAGGGCAGACUUGUGUCACCAGCCUAUCCCAGCACAUAUCCAAUAAAUCUGGAUUAUUGGGUACACAUCAAAACACCGGAACGCACCCGCAUAAUACUGCAGUUCCAGAAAAUCGAUCUCGAGCCACAGGAUGAGUGUCUCUAUGAUUACGUUAGCAUACAAGACUACGAAUUAGUCUCGCACAUAACAUUGGAGCCCGGCAGCAAUCCACUGCCAAUGGCCAUGCUUACGUCGGAGGAAGAACUAACAUCCAUCGACAAUGAAGUGAGCAUAGGCGAGUUCGACACAAAGUAUAGUCAAAGGCCUAAACGUAGUAUAAGAAGAAAAAAACGGUGGAGCUACCAAACCACCACUAACACUGCCAGUACUGAAUAUACAAAACUAGCACAUGCGAAGAAAUAUGAGAAUAGCAAAAGAACGCACAAGGGUAGUCAGCAUUUUAGUAGUGAAUUGCGCUCGAAAACAAUACAAACUAACAAUAGUCAGUUAAACACAGCGAGUGGUACAAUAACAAAAUAUCAAAAUCCCAAACAUCGCCGGCGAAAAGCGAAAAUGGCGCGACGGAAACGUAACAGUAUUUUAGAGGAUAGUGAUCCAUUAAUGAUACCACUACCUGUAGAUAAUGCACAAUCAUUCCUGCCAUAUGUACGCUGGUGCGGCACACAUACCUCCAAUAUGUCGAAAUUCGACUUUGUCUCUAGGUCCAAUGAGGCUAUGCUGAAUUUCCAUAGCGAUUAUUCGGUCAAUGGCAUCGGGUUUGCAGCUACAUGGAAGGCAAUCGAUGUUUCGGGCUGUCCGCUGCAGACACUCACUUCACGCGAGGGCACCGUCUACAGUCCCAACUAUCCAAAUUUUUUACUCAACAACUUGAAUUGUGCUUAUGUGAUACAAGCGCCGACGGGCAGACGCGUCUGGCUGGAGUUCAAUGAGUUCGACUUGAAAGUGGACGCGAUUUUGGAGGUAGAUACUGGUAGUGGCCUUCUACGGCCAUUUCAUACUAGAGAACUGCUCAGUGAGGGCAUAUUCGUAAGUGAACGUGAACAGUUGCGCAUACAAUUUCGAACCGGACAACAUCCGCGUGGCAAAGGCUUCCAAGCUGUCUAUCGCACAGUGGUGCCACUGGAACGUCGUGAGCGAAUCAUCAGCUUGCAACUCAAUUCAAGCGGUUCUCUUUAUCAACUGAAUUAUCCACAUCCGAUGCCGGAAAAUGUGGACUUCACUCAUCAUUUGGUGGCACCCUUCGGUCAGAAUAUCCUGUUGGAAUUACAUGGCGUUGAGUUCAGCGACAACGGCGGUUGUCCGGAUGGUAGUCUUCUAGAGGUUUUUGACAACUACGCCGAUAAUAAUGGCACAAGAUGGCAGCUGUGCAAAUUCCAACCACCAACAACGCUUCCACACACAGGUCCACCAAAGCAUCCAGCAGAGCGACCGAAUGCAGCCUACGAUUAUUUGCAACCACAGGAUAUAUUUUACAGUCGCACUCAUUCGAUGUUACCACCAACUAAAUCGAGCAGUAGACUACAGCUCAGGACAGUCGCGACCGCAGCGCCACCAGUAUACAUAACCUCAUAUUUGAAUACGCUGCACAUACGCCAACGCACAGGCCAACACUCCAAUGCGUUGCUCAAUGCAACCGUGACCAUACAGUGGGACAACACAUACAAAAUGAAAUUGACUGCUGAUGAGAAAACCGUCGAAUCAUGCCAACCGAAUCCCUGUCAGUUCAAUGGUAAAUGUGUGUUCAAUAAUGGUUCGAACUACUGUCAGUGCCAAGGUCACUAUACCGGCAGGUUUUGUGGCUUAAACAUUUGUGAGUUGGAGCCGUGCGUCUUUGGUAAAUGUGAACUAACUACUAAUAGCUUCAAGUGUCAAUGCCAGCCGGGUUAUAUGGGUCACACAUGCGAGCUAAAGCAAAGACCUUGUGCUGAGAAUCCUUGUGAAGGUCGCGGCGCUUGUUUCGAAAGAAAUGGUGGCUACUUUUGUCGCUGUCACGCUUGGUGGGAAGGCGCGCGUUGCGAGCGUCGUAUGCUGCACAUACCCUAUAAACCGUUAUCGGAACGCAUGCUACAAGAGCCAUUUUGGUUGGGAUUGAUAACAGUAUUUGUUGUAUUGGCUGUCAUCGGUUUGGUUUGGUGUGCCAAACGGCAUUUUCCGGAGAAAAUCGAAAAGUUACUCGCUGAGGAAGCGGAUCGAAAUCGACCACCUGGUUCCAUACAUGGACAUCAUCAUCACACAUCAUUACGCGAGCAAUUGCAAUUUACUACUGCCAUUCCACAGUCAACCGGCAAUAUAGCACCGGGCACACAGCGUUCCAUAUUCAACAGAUUGGGUAUCAGAAAACCGUCACUUUUGAGCCUCAGCAGCCCCAAUCCAAUACCCGGAGGGGGAGGGGCAGCAGCGCGUACAUUUUCACUUGACGAUCUAUUACGACCGCCUCCCCGACGUUCGCCGUCGCCACGCAAGAAGCGCAACAACUCUACGCCGGUAAAGAAAAAUGCUGCCGAAAAGAAACAAAUUUUACAACAACUAGUCUCGCCGGCAACGAAUGUGGACAAGCCGAAAGUUAGCCUCGGCGAGCUCAUCAACAUGACGGAGAAUCGUCUGCGCGCUUCGGCCAGCAAUGUCGACUCCGAGAGCGAUGUUAAAGAGACUACAUUCUCUGAGAAUUCUGGCUCGCUGACAUCGACAAAUGUAGCGAAUGUUGCACGCACAAUUGCCGAUCCGAAACUCGAGAAGAAGGUGACAUUCGCGCGACUGCUGAAUAAAGUGUCUGCUGAAAUGAGCUCUGGUUCGGAUAUGGAUAUUGGACAUAUGACGAACGCACGGAACUCGAGUGCCCUCAGCCUACCAACUGAUUUACAGUUUCGCGGCAGCUCAGUGCCUGCGUCACCGUGCACAAACGAUAUACGUUCACCGCACAGCACCUCAUCGAAUCAGGGUAGCGACUCACUAUCCAGUUCCGACUUAGCACUUACCGAUUUCGGUUUGCGUUCGAUGCAGACCAGUGGCAGUGAUAUCGGUGGCACAAAUCACAAUACCCAUCUGCCGCUCGGUAUUGCCGCGGGCUUUGGCGGACCAUCACGUAGUCGUAUCGGCACAAUUGCACGCCCGAAAGUCUCAAGUGCCGACUCCAUUUUAGCUAUGUUCCGUAAUCUUGCUUCCUCUUCAUCAAAUGCAAACGCCUAUGCAAUAACAACUGCCUCAAGUACCAACACAAACACUGCUAACAUAACGCAUAGUGCAUCUGUAUAUGUAUCACCAUCAACAACCCCAAACGCUUCUAGUCCACAAGAUGAUGCACCCGGCGAUGAUGAAUCCUCCACUUCGUCUAUGCAUACGCCGGUUAGUUUUUCGAGUGGUCCACCCGAUUCGCCGAUAUUCUAUCGUCAAACCACGAUUGAGGUGCCCGUGCUCGAUGUUCUUAAUGCGCACAAAUCUUCAUCAACACCAUCGUCAUCGAACUCGUCAUCGUCUACGAACUUACUGCACCCACCGACUAUACUGCUUGAGAUACCUAGCAAUGGUAUUAAUAAUAAGUGUCUAUCGCCAAUACGUGAGAUGCCUACACCGAUGCCGUCGCCAGCUCUCACACCGAUUAUGCCACGGCCACAGCGUUCAAACAGUCCGAUAUUCCAGGAAGAUCCACUGUCGACCUGUGAUUACAGCGACGAUGAGCAGAAGAGCAUACGCAGUGACUGCAGUGAUGAACAGAUGUCGGAGAAGAUCGUACUGGAUCUGCAUACGGGUAAAACGCAUGUCAUUAUUGAUAGUGAUGUGGAGACAACGCCCACUGACACCGCCACCACCUCCAUGGCAGGUCAGAACCGUGGAGCGGAUUUACUGAAUAAACUACCGCUCUUGAGAUUCUCACCACCCACGCCGACAGCAAGCGGUCUCCAGGCAACUAACACCAUUAUGAAUGCUGGAGUUGUGGCAUUGAAGCCACCAGCGAUUGUCAUUGAUGUGGAACCGCCAACACCGGAGGAGAGAACACCGCGACCACGUGAUCUCAUCAUACCAACAUUGACGGUGGAGCAUCCGAGUCCAACGAGAAAUCGUCACCCGAUGAUCAUAUUCCCGGGAUCACCACCACCGCAACGAGCCAGCAUAGGUGAAACCAGUUUUAUGUUUCCAAAUAAGCAACAACAAAAAAGGCUCUUAAAACAAUUUGAAAAACCGAACUCGCUAGAAUUUCCCUUUGUACCGCCAAUGAUUACCGUCACUUCCAAUAUGAGUGAACUGGAAUCGGAUACCGAGCCAAUGUCACCAGCCACGAAAACCGGCAAUCCAGGCGGUUUGAUGCCACCAAACCCUGUUGGUAUGUGCUACCUGAGUCCAUUCACAAUGUGCAGUCGUGCCGAUCGCACCAUCUCUGAAAGCAAUCUCAGCUCUUCCGGCUAUUCAAGCAUGGCGAGCCCCGGUCCGAGUCGCUGCGGCUCUAGUAAUCCAUUAUGUCCUGGCGAAAUGGAUGAGCCAGGCAGUGGACAUUCCGGUGGUGGUCUUUCACUGCAUGUAAAUCUUUUGAAUAGGCGAAAAAACUCUGCAUUAGCCAGCUGUAAAGAGAACAUAACGAAUGGUAAAGGUGCGGGCGCUGAAAGUGGCGCGACAGGCAGCAGUACUGAUCAUUUGCAUAGACCACGUUCCGAUUCUGAGACGUUCUCGGACGAAAUCAUAUUGGAGUCGAAUGACGAAGGUAUUGGCACUGAUCACGUCGACGAGAAAAUGGAUGAUUGUCGCUUGAGCAGCAAUCGCUUCAAAACUCUCGGUGCCUACAUGGCCGAGCACGUGCUAAUCGAGGUAGACGAACCGCAACAAGCGGCCAAUACCAGCACCGUCAGCAGCACGAGUGCCAGCCAUCAAAUGGCACAACUGCAACUGCCUUCUAUUGUGAUACAAAUUGAUGGUAACGAAAAGGGUCUGUCACCGGUGUCGUCGCGUUCGGAAAGUCCGCUGAGUGAACGCGCCAGUAUGGGACGCUUUUCGCCACAUUUUUAUGGACGUAAGGAUCAAUUGCCAUUCACCGAUUCAGAUGGCCUCUAUGACUUUCCAUCGUCGGAUGGUAAAGGCGGCUCCUUCACACAUCAGCGUCGCAGCAGCAGUAAAAAGCGCGAACGCAAAUCAUCGAAAUGUUCAGCCACACAAUCGCCGACAAAGCAACAACUCGAUUUACCGAGCAAGGAGUCGCUGACUGCAUCGACCACUACGCCGAGCAGUAGUACACAUACAUGUAGUAAGCAUUGUCUUUCGCAUCAUCACCCCUGCCCAGUUUCGGCAGUUACCACACGUAAGAGCCCAAAGAGACGUCUCAAUAGCCGACCACCAGUAGCGAGCAGCUCAUCCUCAUCGGAGAGUCUAGUUUCACCCAAAGAGUUGGCUCUAACACGACCUCUGCCGCGGCGUCUCAAUUCUCCGAAUCGUGAGAAGCGUCCACGAAAACAGGAGAGCCUCAGCGAAGAAGAGGUGGCCGAUGCUUUAUUGCGUCGUAUAUCACCCAGCAUUGUAAAGGAAGAUACUGAAACUGUUAAGCCGAAAUGUAAAAUAAAUCGUUUGCGUGCGAUCGGCAAUCAAAUAAGAUUUUUGCGUCGCUUGAAAAAGUCCAUAAAAACUCGUGAGCGUCUAGCCUCACCAUCGGAUAGUUGUCCCGAAGAGAAUACCGACGACAUGGACUCACCACAAGCCACAUCGCCGUUGCUACAACCGACAUCGCCCAACAAGACGCGCAUAGCGUUAUGUCGGCAAAAGCGCCUGCCUAGCGGUACUUAUGGCAUCACAGCCGCUGCACUCAACUCCAGCAACUGGAAGGGCAUGGAUCGCAGUCUCAUCGGCGACGAUCUAAAUAGCGAUUAGACAAAUGCCGCUAUAACGAAGUCGGGCACGAGUUGGUUGUGUUUGCCGCGAACCGCUAAGGGGCGUAGCGUAAGGCUGAAAUUUACGAAUAUUACGUAAUAUUUAGGUGUGUAUACACUGUGUUUACAACAAAUAUGCAUUAAUAGCGUAAAGUGUAGUUGUAUAGGUUGUAGCCUAAAAAAAAACUAGAUAAUAGUGCAGACACUAGUGCUUAUAUAUUUAAGUAUAGAUAUUAAAGUUAGUUAAAUAUGGAAUUGAUUUUUCGUGAAUGUAAAACAGUGGUAGGCACAUAGUUAGAUAUACAUAUAAAUCCACUUGUAUGUAUGUAUAAUAUAUAUGUAUAUGCUACAUAUAGCGUAUCUAUAUUACAUGCAUACAUGUUUAAGCAGUAAAUAUGCAUAGACCUAAGUAACUGUGCCCAGUACUUAGAACCACACAUACACACGCACACAGUUGCAGAUGUGAGUUAGAAUAUAUAGUAUAUAUAUAAAAUUUACAUACAAAUAACAUGUUUUAUUGUGCGCCCUUACCGAAAAUGGACACGCCUAAAUCCACUUGUAUGUAACAUAUGUACAGUUGUAUCCGAAGCAAUAGCAUUGCAAAAGCAUUCUAAAUUCCACUUGAGCUACAUGAAGUUCUUAAAAGCAAAAUAUGCAAAUGUUGCAUAUGUACAUGGUAUAUCCAUAUAUAUGUACAUACAUAUAUAGUUAGUAUAUAUAAGUAUAUAAUAUAAAGUAAUUACUUAACUUAAGCAUUAAAUUAUUUAUAAUAGGUGAAAUGUGCUCAACAAUUUGCGCUGUGUUAAUUUUGUUUGAUGAUAAACUAACACAAAAACAACAAAUUAGACAAAAAAACAAAACACAAAAGUAUUCUACCCUAUACAAUACGUUGUACGGGUGUAAAAAUAGAUCAUUACUGUCAUAUAAAUGAGUUUAUUAAUGAGUGUUUAUAGACUUAUUAUUAGAACAUUUUAAUUUAUGGUAUUUAAACACAAUUUUUUUUAUUAAGUUUUUUAAGAACUAAGCUUGUAUAGAUCAACAAUUUAUUUUAAAUGCAUACCAUACAUAACCAAGCACUGGAGGAAACUAUUUAGCUUAAAAAUUAAAUAAAACAGCAAGGAUUUAUAUAUUAUUAACUAAAAUUACUAUCUUAGCAAAUUCGAUCCAAACUAACAAAAAAACAACAACAUUCCCACGUAUUUUAUUUUAUUUUUACUUUAAUACAAAUCCUUAUUAUCGCCUUCAAAAUAGGCUCCUCAGUCAAUACCAGCAUGCCAACGCUUAAUCCAAUUUUCCAUACACUUGUUAUGAGCCUCGGCUGGGAUGGCUGACAGUGCAUUCAGCGAAUUUUGUUUUUUCCAUUCGCUAGAUUGUUGUAAAGUUUUAUCGUCAAUUUUAUAAUCUACGUCUCGUCACCAAUUAUGAUGCAUUUAUGAAUAUAGGGUACUCAGCGACAUUGUCAAGCAUCUCUUUUGCGACCUCUACUCAACGACGUUUUGCAAAAGAUUCAAAUCGUUGAGUCGAAUAAUGGCACACGUCAUACACAAAACCUUUAACAAAAUGGGUUGAGUCGAUCCAUAAGAGAUGUUAAGAUUUUCUGCUAUCUCUCUGAUGACAACACGACGAUUUUGAAGCACUGUUUCUUUAAAAUACCUCGCAAGAUUUUAUCGAAUUGGUUUGCCCUCGCUAUUUAAAUGGACCAGUCCGAGUGCAAUUUGAUCAGAUAAUAUUAAGCUGAACAUAUAGCGGAAUUUCAUUCAAAUACUAUUUAACUUUGUAUUUAGCCUUAGUUUCUUAUUUGAAUCUCAUUAUGUGAUUUAGGAGACACAUUUAAUAGGUGAAACAUAUAAAUGUUUGAUGCUUUAAAUCUGAAAAAUAGACAAAAGCAAUGAUCUCAUACACUAAAAAUUAUUUUUUAAAGUUAUAAACCUUUCGUUUACUUCCUUCAUUUCAAAUCCUCCGUACAUACUUACAUAUAGUAUGAUUGCUUAAAUUUCUAAAUAUCUUCAAAAUUUAUCUGUUUUUUUCUAUCGAUUGCUCUAAGAUAUUGUUUAAAAAACAACAAGAGUAGCUUUAUUUUCUUAAUAUUUUAUUCACAAACAAAUGUUAAAGCAUACACAUAUGUAUUACUAGUCCUCACAAAAGUAUACUUUAGUUAAUAAAAUCAUUAAAUUAUAAUUUAACAUAUGUACUAAUAGUUAUUCGUGUUGAUAUCUUUUCUGAUUUUUAUUCAUUUUUUAUAUUCACAAUUCGUAUAAACUACUCCAAAACCCAAAGCAAUAUAAGCAGAUAAGGAAGCAUGCAUAAAUAAUAAAUUAAUUAAAUAAAUUCGAUAUAAUAUAUGUCAGUUAGCAAUAAGGUUCAUAUAAUUUUUAUUGAAUACAAAAAAAUUAUAAUAAAUAAUGAAAAGCUCUAAACAAAACCGAUUAAUUUUAGAAUGUAAACCUUUAGAUAAGCAUUAAUAACUAUUGCUUGUGCAAAACUGUAGUAGUCCUAAAUGAGUUAACUGUACUGUACAUAUAUAAAUACAGAUAAUAUAACAAAGCCUAGCACAAAAUUAAGAACAGUUCGACAUUCACCUAGUUAUGUAACAGCAAAUGUAGUUAUGGUAAAUUACAAGUAAUUUGCAAAAAAAAAAUAGAGUAAUGUAGGUUAUAAAGCACUUUGCAAUUAUACAGGGUAUAUACACCCAUAUAAAUUAUAAGGCCCAUCGAAAAAAAAGCUUUUAAAUAUAUUGAUUUUGAUGAUUUUGAAGUUCAAGAAAUAAAUUUGUGUUAACAAAAUAUACGAAGAAGGAUUACUGUAGAUAGAAGUAUGUAGCGCUUGAUAUUUUUGAAAUAGCACUCAUUACAUUAUCUCCUCAGUAGAUACUUCGCUGCAAUAUUUUCUUGAAAUUAUGAUUUUUAUCUCUUACUUCUACACUCUUUAAUAUAUAUUUUAAACUUAAAAAUAUUUCAUUUUAUAUACGGAAUUCAUAUAGAGACAUUUUUUAAAAAUAUUGUAAAUUUUUUUAAAUAUGCCAAAUUAAGCGCUUUACAAACAAAAAGAUGUUGAUUUUAUGGUUCUAAUGUUAGUGAUAUUUCAAAAGUUCGAUUUAAACUCGAAAAUUAUUUAAAUAUUAUGCAAAUUUUCGAUAUUUAUUCAUUCAAAUUUUUACUUUUACAAAUUUUUAAAAUAAAAUUUAAGCGUGAUUUCAAAAAUAUUCAGAAAUUUAGUUUUUCUUUUGUACAUUUUGCGUGUAUUCUACAAAUUUAGUUGAUAUUUGUUAAAAAAAAUGAGUAUCAUUUAUAUUUCAACGUUUUUUCUAUUGUAAUAAUGCGCUAAAGUUAUACAACAACUGUUCCAGCAAACAUUAUAUAUCUUUUACUAAAAAGAAAAUGUUAAAUAUUUCUAACUAUCAAUAUUUUCAAACUGUAUACAUACAAUUACCAUUAAAUUCACAAAAACACAACAACAAUUACAUUAAAAUUUUCUCACCUCAAAUCUUAUUCAGUGUGACAGGUCGACUAGGCGUAUACGUAACAUUACGGCAAAGAGAAAAUUAUAUGAUAGAUAUAUGAUAUAUAAAAUAGGUAGUAUAUAAGAACAUAACUUAUGUACAUAUGUAUGUAUUUGUAUGAUACACAUGUAUAUUAUAUAGGCAAACGUUUUUUUUUUCGCGUUCAGAUUUUACAGUUAAGCAAAUUUUUGAUGAUGGCUUAUUGUAUUGAGACUGAUUUUGUAAUAAAAACUAAAUUUAAAAAUAAAAAUAAUACAUAAUUAAGCAAAUGUACAAUUGGAUAACUCUAACGAAAAAGUAAACAACAAUAACAACAAACAGUGUUAUGCUAAAACCAUUGCAAUACAAAUCUUGAAUAUAAAUUAUUGAAUUAAUUAAAUGUGAAUAGUUGUGAAAUUAAUGCAAUAUUAUUUGUGAUUAAUUAAAUAAAAAUAAUUAAAAAUAUUUGCGGUUAGUUGCAACAAUUUGUGAAAUUUAAAUUAAUAUAUAUGAUAUAGUAUAUGUAUAUGUAUAAUUAACGUCGUUUAAGUACUUUAUUUGUUGUUACUUGCACAGAAAAAUAUAAAUAUUGCAAUAAUAACAAGCUGCAAUUUUGGCUGGCAAUCACAUAUUACCAAAAAAAAAAAACAUGUUGUAUAUUUACAGCAAAUACUGCACACUACCAAAUACUAGCUAGGCAAUUAACUAAUAAACAUAUACACAUAUAAACACGGUAUAUAAGCGAAACUUGCACGCUAUUUAUCGGGAGAAAUGCUGCACAUAAAAAUUCUUUACUUCGAAAAUUAUAUUUUACAAAAUUCCUCUAGUGACCUACGAGGGCGGUGCGGUAAUUACUGAAUCAACAAAACAAAAAUGUAAAUUUCAGAAAAAUUACGAAUUAUUUUUCAUCGUAUGAGUAGUCUGCUUUUGGCUCGAUACGCUUCACCCGGUGAUGUUCCAGUUUAUUUAUAUCGUCUGAAAAAACGAUUUCUGGAGGUCUGUGUGCAUUCAUCGAUAUUUUUUCAAUUAUAGAAGUUUUUCUGUCAUGAUUUUUACCUUUCUCAUAUAUAAAGGACUUAGACCAAAAGAUCUAAUUCAAAUUAAAGAAGUGGAUAGCAAUUUUUUAACAGCUUUUGUGCAAAAACGCUUUACACACACACACACACAAAUAAUACUAUAUAAAUGUGCGUGUGUAUUAUAACUAUUAGAUAAAAAUUCUGUGAUAAAAGUUUCAAAAUACGAUCCUUGCAGAAAUUUAAACGGGUAUUAAAAAAAAUAAACCAACAACAACACUUUACACCACAUUUUAUGCUUCUACAUAAAACGUAAUAAAUGAGCAUGUCUAAAGGAAUCCUAUAGUGAAUGUAACAAAUAAUACAAAAAUCACAAAGAACUAAAAGAAUUUGUUAAAAUAGAUCAAAACGAAAAUGCCUGCGUAGGUUGAUUCGCAGAAUACAUACAGUUGCAAGAAAAAGAAAUGGGACAGAGCUAAACAAAUUACUAAUUACUUUAUUAAUUUCCACUAAAACUAAAUUCCAUACAUCGUCUUUAAAAAGAGGUAGUAAAAUAUAUAAGAUAAAGAGUGCAUUUAUUAGUAUGGACCGUUUUUUUAUACUAUGAUUUUUGGAGGUUUGAAAUGUUCUACAAAGGAAGUCAAUAAAAAUGUCGGCCUUAUAAUGCACACUUUCAACCUAAUUAUUUAUAUAACUUUUAUAACCCCUUUCUGUUAUAGUAAUGUCCUCAUGCCGAGUAUACGAGGUCUAGUAAAAAAAUAUUUAAUAUUUUUGUGUUAAAUUUAAAAUUUUAUUUAACAUAGUUAAAAUUAUCCGAUUUUUUUUGUCAAAUAUGCACUGUUUGGUUCGAUAACUUGUUGCCAUUUUGACGAUAAUUUCAUAAUGCCACUCUUAGAAUCCCUCGUCUUUAUUGGCAAAAAAUUGGGACAAUCGAUUUUCUAAAGCCUAUCUUGAGCCAAUUUUUUCCCAAAAACCAUCAUUCAGCAUAGACAGGAAUAGGUUGUAUUCACUUGGUGCCAAGUUCAAACUUUCUUUCUGGGUGGUUAAGACCCUCCCAACUAAGCUUUCCGAGCUUUUGGCGAGUCAUUAUCGAUGUAUGUGGCCCGGCGUUGUCUUGACGGAACACAAUUCCUCUCCUAAUGACCAAAGCUGACCGCUUCUGAGCAAUUUUUUUCUUUCUGUAAAAUUGUUGACAGUACAGGUUCGAAUUCCCCUGCGGGUUUGGGGAAAGAAUAUGCCCGCGGCAAGGCAUGCCUGUCGUAAAAGGCGACUAAAAGCCAAUAUGCACUAUGACUGUUAUUAUAUUCUUUGCCCAGUAAUAUCAGCAUAGUAUGUGGAGUGAUAGUGCUAUAAUACUCAGCUUGAACUGAUAUUAGAAACACUUUAAAUGAAAAAGCAAAUAAAAAGACAUUUGAAGUUCAAGCGACAAAUGUCACCAGUCAUUUGAGUAAUGGGGAGCUCAACUGGCAGUAGUUUAGGCUACGCAGUCUGACCGGAGACUUUCCGGUACCACGGGGAGCAGAAAGCCCUUGGACUUCUGUUCAAUCUGCUCAUUGGGUUCGGCCCUUUGGGGAGUAUCGUGGUGGCUGUGGUUUAAACCUAAAUGCUGGAAGAACUGAAUUUUCAGUUCGAAAAAAGAAGUUACAUAAGUAACUGGGUGCCGUACCCGAAAACGGAAGAGGUUUUAGGUCGGCCUCGAAUCAUACCAAGAUGGUAGUGUGGACCCAGACACACUGCCACUGGUAUCCAAAUAAAUACUUGCAUAAGCUCGUUUUGUUUGGGGCGCUGAUCAACGCAUUGUAUUGAUCCGUUGUGUUUUGAACACCGUGAGGUAAGGCCGUCGCCGGCAGGUACUCACGUAAAUCUACAACGAAAGUACAGGUUCGAAUUAAAAAUUAAAUUUUAGCACUAUAAGGACAAAUAACUCAUUUUUUUAGGGUUCCAUAGAAUUCUUUCAUAUGUAUUAAUUUUAAAUUUCUACAAUUUAAAUGCCAUAAUUAUAUUUUUUUCUAUAAAAACUUACGCCCAUGUCCCAUUACACUUGCGCGCGACUGUAAAUCUGAAGACAGAGAGCACUACAUACUACUUUUACUUACCUGCAAGCAUACAUACAAAUAUAAGAGUGUUUGAAAUAAGUUCACUGCAAUUUCAAAAGUGGUAUCUUAAAUAGAAAAAACUAACUAAGCUAAACGUAUAGAUAAGAUAAAUGAUAUAUUUACAUACAUAAAAUAUAAAUAGUAUACUUGUAGAGCUAAAAAGAAGUAAAAGUUAUACUUAUUAUGACAAUUGAAAGCGAAACUAAAGUGAAAAUUAUAGAGCAAUAUUUAUUUUCAAAAUAAAAACCAAAAGAAGUGAGAAUUCUCACGCCAGCCGUUCGUGUCCAACUGUUAAUUCGAAAAUAUUAUAUGGUACAUGUAUAUUUGGGGUAGAAGACCUAACAAAAACAAAUCGCACACCCAUUCACCUAUAAUAAGUGUCUAGUCGUAAUUUCAGAGCGGAAAAGAGAGAAUAUUGAAAUAGUAUUUAAGUGGCGAACGAAUUGUAUUAAAGUCUCAUUUUACUUUUAGACCAUGCACACAUGCAUACAUACCUACAUAUACAUACAUAUUAUAUAUUAUGUGUUAUACGAGUAUGUAUAUGUACAAGCACAGUGUUGGCUAGAGAAAAUGCUAUAAAAGUUAGUUAAACAAAAAAAAACUAGAUAAUUAAUUACGCAUAUAUUGCUAUUCAAGUUUUACUUAAGCUAAAAGAGAGAAAAAAUAGUUAUAUAAAUAAAAUAUUAUAUAUAUAUAUAUAAAUACAUGCAAAUAUGUAUUAGAAAAAUUAAAAAAAAGUAAAAUAAUAGAAAUAAAUAUAUUUAGGCAUAUUUUUUCUAAUGCACCUUCAACUCUCACGCCCUCACACUUACACACCCACACCGAAUAGUUCACUUGUCUAUUGCAAAGCCACAAAUAUAUAUUGUAAAAAUAAAUAAAAAAUAAUUUAAAAAUAAAACUAUCGUAUGAAAGAAAAAAAGUCACGUGAUCCACGAACCCAGAAUUGUCCGAAAAAUAAAUGCUAUUGUAAGAAUACUCGUAUGAAUAAACCAAAUUACGUUGAAAAUAAUAAAUUAUGUUGAUAAUGACUGCUCUUCUGUCUA